UACCUUGUGUGUGUCUGUGUGGACUCACAUCACGUGACUCAUUCUUCAUGGUUCCUCCACAGACUAUCACCACCUGAACAAGUGACAGUAGUAGAAGGAUGAUGAUGAGCUGUGUGUUGUUCACAAAGACUUAAGUAUUAGCAUUGUUGGCCACUGUCCUGUACUACAGAAACUAAGACGUGGACGCUCUAAAAUAGUCUGCCCGGAGUUAUGAGCUAUGCUAGCAUACAAGCUAGCGCUAGCCACGUUAGCCGUUAACAGUUAGUUGCACUGCGAGUCGACCGUGAACUGUGUGGUUCUGUAUUUGACGCCAUCUUACAAACUUUCGCAGUCUCGGUCGACGUUGAGGCAGCGAAGACGCUGAAGUCGACCGUCCGCCCGCUGAGAAUGAGCAAAACGUGCUGACUGGACAGUGUUUUAUAAUAUUAGGACAUAUAGAUGGAUAUGUUAUGCUCCAGAGGAUCAGAAGAUGCUGGGCGAGAACCGAGCUUCAAAUCACAGAUUGAAGAUCCAUCUGUGAUGAUGACACUUUGCAAUAUCUUGAGAGGCACUCUUUCCACCACCUGCCCAGGCUCACUCACAUGUACAUAACCUUUGCACGGACCAGUUGAUUGUACUUCAUGUCAGUUUGUGUUUCAGCUGAAUGGCCUCAAAGCUCUGUCUCACAUUGAUCCUGAGGCAUUUAAGGAGUUACCUAAUUUAAAGUACUUAGGCAUCAUCAACACAGGCCUCCGCACCUUUCCUGAGCUAUAUUACAUUCAGAGCAGGCAGGAGGACUUUAUUCUGGAGAUCGUGGAAAAUCCCUUCAUUCGGGUCAUACCUGCUAAUUCCUUCACUGGGAUCUCUGACGGUGCUUUGACUGUCAUGCUGAACAGCAACGGCGUGAAGGAGAUUCAGAGCCACGCCUUCAACGGGAGCCAGCUGGAGGAGGUGUUCCUUCACAGGAACGUGGAGUUGGAGUUCAUACAUGAUUUGGCGUUUUACGGUGUGGUCCGUGGCCCAACUCACAUAGACCUUUCAGAAACCAGAGUGAGCACUUUGCCUUCAAUGGGGAUGGAGCACAUUGAAAGGCUCAGAGCCCAGAACGCUUGGGCCCUCAAAGCACUGCCCCCCUUCACAGCCUUCCUCCACUUACAGAGUGCUGAGCUGACCUUCCCGAGCCACUGCUGCAGCUUAAAAAGGCUGAGAAGAUGGAAAGGACCCUCUGAACCACUCAUCUGCAACUCCACCUGGACGGCGUCAGAGACUCUUCAGGACUCGCUCACAGCUCAGGGGGUCACACGUGAGGAAGCGAACCCACACCCGGCGGAGGCCUUGCGUCUCGCUGCAGCUCACAGUGGCCACUGCAACGAGCCCUGGUGUCUCCCUGACCCGUCUGACGGACUGUCGCCCGUGGAGCCUUUCACCGAAGGCUUUGACCUUGCGCUGUGUGACGACCUGCAGGCUCGGGGCCGCGGACCCUCCUGCAGCCCGCUGCCUGACGCUCUGAACCCCUGUGAGGAUGUGAUGAGUCGGGGCUUCCUGAGGGUCCUGGUCUGGGUCGUCGGCCUGUUUGCCGUUUCGGCCAACCUGCUGGUCCUGCUGGUCCUGCUGACCAGCCAGCAGAGGCUGUCCGUUACUCGCUUCCUCAUGGGUCACCUGGCGUUUGCAGACUUCUGUAUGGGGACGUACCUGCUGCUCAUUGCGUCUGUUGACCUGUACACGCGCUCCCAGUAUUCCCACUAUGCCAUUGCCUGGCAGACAGGAAGCGGCUGUAAUCUAGCAGGGCUGUUGUCGGUGUUCGCCAGCGAGCUCUCCGUGUAUACGCUGACCUUGAUCAGCCUCCAGCGUUGGCACGCCAUCCUCUGCGCGAUGAGACCUGACAGGAAGAUGAGGCUGCGCCACGCGGCCGCGCUGAUGCUCGCCGGCUGGCUGCUGUGUUGGCUUCUGGCCCUGCUGCCCCUGGUCGGUGUGAGCAGCUACCAGAAAGUGAGCAUCUGCCUGCCCAUGGACACCGACACGUCCGCCUCCCGGGCCUACGUGGUCUUCAUUCUGAUGGUUAAUGUGGUGGCCUUCAUGGUGGUGUGUUUGUGCUACCUCCACAUCUACUGCAUGGUGCACAACCCCCGGCACCAGUCCAGCAGCUGUGACACCAGCAUGGCCAAGCGCAUCGCCGUUCUCAUCUUCACCAACUUCCUGUGCCUGGCUCCCAUUUGCUUCUAUGGCCUGUCUGCAGCUCUUCACCAGCCGCUGAUGACGAUCACAGACUCCAAGGUGCUACUGGUACUUUUCUAUCCUCUCAACUCUUGUGCGCACCCCUUCUUCUACGCCUUCCUGACGAAGGCGUUUCAUCUGGACGUCCUGAUGUUGCUGAGCCGCAUGGGGCUGUGCCAGCGGCAGGCUCAGCUUUACCGAAGCCAGCACGUCAGUACGACCCCCCACAUGUGCAGCGUGACCAUGUCUGUACUGUCCAGUAAGACGCUGAGCAGGUGCCUCAGAUAAGGUGCUGUAGAGGAUUCUUUUAUUAUAAUACACAGACAAAUAUCUGACGUAGGAUGAGCUGAAAAGCACUGACUCAUUCAGUUGCUCUGUUUGAAUGGCGACUAGUCAGGUCUCAGUAUGUGACGCUGUGACCGUUCUGGACCUAACAACUGUCACAAAUGUAUUUGUGAAUUUAUCAAUAAAGAAAAGCUGGACACAA